AUCGAAACUUAUUUCAAGUGAUAACGAAAUGGGACCCACCCGUACCCCUCGCCCCUGUCAGGUUCACCGCGGCUCGACCCGCCAGCCCACCUAGGAGAAACUUCCUGCGGUCGCGUCACUCACUGCGGACGCGCUGCGGGUGGGCAAUUUUAUUUUACUUCAAGUUAACGAACACUGCCUGUUCUCAGACGUGUAGAUACCUUGAAUCUUGCCGUCUUGUACCUACCUCAUCUUCUCUCCCUCCAACUCAUCGCCACGAUCCACCCCCAACUCUUCUUCCUUUUGCCAAACAGGCAGCCUUCCUGACGGAAAGAAGAGUAUCGUCCCCUGUUUCUAGUGUUUCGAGACAGCCUGCCUGCAGCGACCCUCUACUGCACUUCAUUGGGUACAACUACCACCAACGCCCUCGACCAACCUCAAUCGAGCAACCUCAACCGACCAACCUCCACCGACCAACCUUGACCAACCAACCAACCAACCUACCUACCAACUCAACUGAGACUCACAGCUUUUCCUCGCCGCAACAGAGGUCUCAAACGACUAGUCAAUGGCCCUGCUUUUUCUGCCCCUCUCCUUUAAUGCCAACGGUCGUUAAGUAAACCUCAGGUUCAGUGCCCUUCUUGCUAGCCAGUUGAUGGUGGAUCCACCCUACCCAAUAUGGCUGGGGCGAAGGGCGAUGAUCCCUUUGACUGGGACAUAGAUCGUGUAAUCCAGGAACUUUGCACCACCAAUCGAAGCUGGAUCCCCACGCCUCGUUCCAAGCUACCAGAUCCCGCAGCUUUAGCUGAAAAGCUGAGAGAGGGCGAGUAUGAUGGGGAGACCCUACUGGCUACUCCACAGGAUGAACUCUGGAGGGACCUAGGAAUUACCAAGGCAAAGUUCAAGGUCAAUCUUCGUCAUGCUAUCGCCCAAUUUGUCUCGCGAAGUCCGAAGUACAAGCAAUAUUGGGCCUCUACCAGGGACCAAGAUGCUGACUCCGAAGUUGGCACCGCCGAGCCUCACCACCAGGCGUUUACUCCAAUGUCUGACACUAGUGCACCGGCUCUGGCGCCAGCUACAGGCACUGGGGAACCCAUGGAGACGGUUGAGACUAGUGUCGAAGCCACACGAGUCGACGAACACCCUGAUGAGCCACCCAAGAAAAAGGCCAAGCGCUUGGAAGUGACAGCCAUGACCACGACGAGUCGACCUUCCAAUCCAGAUCAGCACUUCAGCAUCGCACCCAUCCCUACCGAGCUGGACAGUAUUAGCCUCCCUUUGAGAGACAUGGCGCAGGUGCCACCUCAGAGGGACACGACUGCAGCUCCGCCAGUGGACUUCGAGAUGGACCUCGAGAGCAGCCAUGGAGCAUACUGGGGCAGUGGAAAACUUCCCAAAACAGGCUUUAUCGAAGCACACGACUCGACAGACGACGACCCGAACUUUGGCUGGGGAUCCCCUCGGCCCAUCGGAAGUGCGAAGAAGAAGUUUGUCGCUGAUAAGCUGAAGGGAUAUUUUCGCCGUUCAAAGCAAGAAGUGGAUGAUGCUAAUGACAUCCUGCCACUGUAUGGACAGUCUGACGAUGAGGAGUACGGCUCUGAGCUGGAUAAGCUCAGAGAAGAAGAGGAAAUGGAAGAGGCGGAAGCAGAGUCUACUCCUGGCCUCGAUGAGUCAGAGAUCGAUCGCAUUCUCGGACAGAUGGUACAAGCUUGUACCGCCCACUGGCAUGAGAAGCAGCUUCCGAAGGAGAAGCACAAGGCUUUCAAGAUGUGGGAUGAUGCCCGCAGACAUGGCACUAGGGGGAUCACAGCCAAGGCCAUGUCCCAAGAGCUCUGGAAGGGGAUGGCACGCCUCAAGAAGACACUGGACCAGAUGAAGGACAAUCAGUACAAGACGGAAUCUGAGCUCCGUGGCAUGUCUGAUUUCCUACAGCCGGACAUCGACAAGAUUGAGCACAUCAAGUGGAUCAUGAAUGUGCUUAAUAGUGAAUCUGCACCGGAACGUGUUGUCCGGCCGCUAACCCAGAGGAAGCCGAAGACCAAGCGCACAGACAACAUCGACCUUUGGAGUGAAGAUGAGCUACAGGAGGAGGAGGAGACGCAGGACUUCAUUGUCGAUGAUCCUCUUGAGGAUGCCAACCCUCGGGAAGCAUCCGUAAGCUCUCAGCACUCUGGAGCCGAUAAUCUUUUGACCGCAUCACGGAGCUUUGGAUCUACGAGCGAUGACAUCGAAAUGCAUGACCUGACGCAGGUCGACGAGUCACCUUUCGGGAGCCGAGGAGGCAGUUUGAUUGAUUUGGUUACUCCAACCAAGCCGAAGAGGAAACCUUUCACCCCAACCGGAUCUGCCAAACGUGCAGCACGUAUCGAAUCAUCCCAGGAGGAGCUUCCUCUCAGUGACCCAAAGGCCGUCGCUAACAAGGGCUCGGUACACUGGGAGGAGAGGCGGGAUGUCGAGCGGCUUAUUCUGACACUUCUCUUCACCCAGCACCCGGCCAGGAAAGAUGACAUAUUCCAAAGCGUGCUGUUUUUGCAGAAAGAUGAACAUGCGGUCGAAUCGUUCAGGCAAGAAUACAUUGAUUUCAUCUGCAAUUACUCCAAGGACUCCUCAGAUCUGGCCAGAGGCUCGAGGGAAAAGAACCGGUACGACACGGCGGCUCUGCUCACCAGGUUGUUCGCCAUCUACCUGAACAAACACUCAGCCUCGACUUUCUCCAGUUUUGGAGGAAAGCCUGACGAAGAUCUGAUCGGCCACGUGAAAGCAGGAAUGGAACACCUUGCUGAUUUCUGGUCCCUACUCACAACCUUGGCCCCCUACUUCGGCUACACGCAGGAGAAGGAUGGGCUUGCCCCAGCUGAAGGGGAGCCUGAGCCUGCCUCUGAAGGCUCCGUCGUCUCCUCUGAACCUGAGGAGGAAACAGUGGCUGGGUCCUCGCAGAAUGUCAGAGCAAAAGAAAAGCGGCGCCAGCGAGAGCAGGAGCAGCGAAGAAUGCAGCUCCGUGAGCAAGUCUACAGCUCAUUACUUCCGAGUGAGAAAACCCGCCUGAUUAUCAACGAGUCCAAGCUAGAAGGCCAGAACCUGGUGUAUGUCCACGACCACAUAGCCGGACGUAUUAAAGACCACCAGAUCGACGGCGUGCGUUUCAUGUGGGAUCAGGUCUUGUCAGACGCAAAGCAGGGCUGCCUACUCGCCCAUGCAAUGGGGUUGGGCAAGACAAUGCAGGUAGUGACUCUCCUGACUGCGAUCCAAGAGGCAGCGGUUUCUGAAGAUCCCAAGGUAUCCUGUCAGAUACCCGAUCAUUUGAAGGUGUCCAGAACACUCAUUCUUUGCCCCGCUGGUCUCCUUCAGAACUGGGUAGAGGAGCUCAUGAAGUGGGCACCUGUUGGUCUUCUUGGAUCUCUGCUUGAAGUCAGUGCCGACUUAUCUGAGGACGAGCGGUCUGAAAGGAUCCACGAUUGGGCGGGUGAAGGUGGCGUCCUCGUGAUUGGAUACGGGAUGUUUACGCAGAUCUCGAAACGGCCUGAUCUGCUGACUCUGAUGCUAGAGUCUCCUUCGAUUGUUAUCGGCGAUGAGGCACACUUGUUGAAGAACGAACACUCAAGGAGAAGCAGUAUCGCCAGCCUUUUCAAGACACAUACAAGAAUCGCUUUAACGGGGUCGCCACUCGCUAAUAAUGUUGACGAGUAUUAUGCUAUGAUCCAGUGGGUCGCACCUGGCUUCCUCGGGGACAAGCAAUGGUUCAACUCAGAGUAUAGCCGACCAAUAGCCAGCGGGCUUUACGAAGACAGCACUCGUACAGAAAAGACAAAAGCCAAAAUUCGUUUGGCAGCACUGACAAAGCUUGUGGCACCAAAAGUGCAUCGGAGAACAAUUGCCACUCUCAAGGACAGCCUGCAACCCAAGACUGAGUACAUUGUGUAUCUGGACAUUAGAAGUGUACAGCGGACAGUGUACCAGUCCUACCUCACUGUGGUUAAGGAAGCAGCAGGUGGUCAACAACCAACAAUGGUGUGGGCUUUGAUCAGGACUCUUGGCCUCCUCCUUGCCCACCCAUCAAUUCUUGAAAGGGCACUGAAGCAAAAGCUGGAGGAGACCACAGAUUCGAAGCAGGGUGCCAGCAAGGAGGGAAAGGAAGAUCCUUCCGCCCCUCUGCCUCUGCCUCACCAGAUUGUGACCACCACGUUGGACAUACUCACUGCUCAGCCCGGCUAUGCAGACCUCAGCAGCUCCUUCAAGAUGCUCGCGCUUUUCAAGAUCAUCGAGGAAACGACAAAAUUGGGAGAGAAUCUCCUAGUCUUCAGUCAGAGCAUUCCCUCGCUGAACUUCAUCGAGAAGAUCUGCAGGCAGAGAAGACUUGCGUACAAGCGACUGGAUGGCAAAACUGAUGUCAACAAGCGCCAGAAACAGGUCAAGGAGUUCAACGAGGGUACCGGGCAGGUUUACCUGAUUUCCACCACUGCAGGUGGCGUCGGACUCAACAUCUAUGGAGCAAAUCGUGUUGUCAUAUUUGACUUCCAGCACAGCCCUGUCCACGAGCAGCAAGCCAUUGGCCGAGCAUACCGCAUUGGGCAGACCAAGCCGGUCAUUGUUUACUGGUUAAUCUGUGACGGUACUUUUGAGAAGACUCUGCACAACCAACAAGUCUUUAAGAACCAACUGGCCUCCAGGGUGGUGGACAAGAAGAACCCCUUGCCCAAAGCAACAUCGAUGCGGCAAUACUUCGCAGAGCCUCAACAAGUCGAGCACCAAGAUACAGCAAUAUCAGCGUACUUGGGCCAAGAUGAUAUCCUCGACCAUUUGCUCAUGUCGAAUGAGAUCCGAGCGGGCAUUUCGUCCAUCAGCACCACAGAAACCUUCGAAGAAGAGGAUAUCCAGAAGCUGGAGGCCGAGGAAAUAGCUCAGGCAGACCAAUUGGUUCAGCAGCAGAUCUCUCGAAGAAACAACCCUGCGGAGGAGGCUCCAGUGGGAAUCCCAAACCCGCCAGAGCUGUCGGAGCAAAUGGCAUCCGUCACUGCCCUUCCUUCCGGUCUCAUAGUGCCCAUAGGGCGUCAGCAACAAGGCUCGUCUCAGCUUGAUGUACUCACCUCGGACGGCAAUUACCUAGCACCACUUGCACUCCCUCGGGACGACCCCUUUACGGAUUCCGGUACAAGGCACCAACAGGGUGUUUCCGGAGCACAGAGUCUAUCAAGACUUGCUGCCGAGCCGAUCAUACUGCCUCUCACUAUGAACACAGCUCAGGGCGGCAGUGCUCCAGUGGCAGCAACUAAUUCCGGCCGGCCCUCUCUUCUACCACAAGACAUGCCACCUCUAGCCAUAGGUGGCAGCUACCCUAGGUCCCGGGAACCCAUGGAACCAAUGGGAAUUGAUAUGAUGAGAGCGAGGUCCGGAGACAACGGGAUGGGUGACUUCAGGACUGAAUUGACGAUGCGAGCGAAUGCUAGCCUCCUGCCACAGAUUCCAGCUACCGUGGAUCGGAUCAACGAGCACAUCCAGGGAGGUGGCCUCGUGCGAAGCAGCACAUGGACGAAGCUGAAAGCUCUCAUACUAGGAAGACCAGACCGUGCCGAUAUGAUUGUCAGUGGUAGAGUCUCUGCCCAGGCUCUGGCCACUGCUGGGAAGGCUGCUCUGGAGGUUCUUUUAGAUGGACGCACCUCGGUUCCCACGCCACCGCAUCCUCAAGAUGAGAGGCGUAUGAAGGACCCUGACCACUCUCGACGGUUCUUGGAGCGGUCAUCAACUGAAACCCAGCGUGCCGAAGCAAACAGCCAUAAAGAGGGCGACUUGGCGGUUCUCCGCAAGGUAUGGGCGAAACGGCAGUCUAAUCCACACGAUCACCCUCAGUCACCAAAGGUCAAGGCUGAAAAGGCUGAGCGGCGACGGCAGUCCAUGCCAACCAGCGGGGUUGGAAGGACGAAGUCAAACCCGUUUGUCAUUGAUGAUGACUAAAUUUCCUUUGAUAUCACCACCUCCCCCCAUUCCAUUUUGCAUCUGCUCUUAUUCCCUUGUCGGUUGUUUGGACGUUCGUCACAGCUUUCAAUGAGAUUUCCUUUUGGAGUUUAUCUCGAAGAUACCCCCUCACGAAAAUGUUUUUCCUUGCCUCGGCUUUGCUUUGGUCUCCAAAUAAUACCUCAUGAGACAUUGGGAAGAUGGGAUCGACACUGGGGACUUGGCAGGAUCUAGGCGUUCUGGACUUCCAAAAGCUGGUUGAUGUCGCAGGUUGCUGCUGCAGUCGGGCUUGCCGUGUUCUGACGAUGCAUUUCGAUCACCCUGAAGUUCAGGUUUUCUUUUCAUCAUACAAGGACAACAUUUUGGUUCUUGGACGGCAAAGCGCACGGGAAUUAAGGAUUGGCCCAUCAAGUGGCCAUCAUAGCUGUUUGCUUUGGAAACUGCUUCGGCCUUGGUAGAUAGGCAGGACAAUUCCAGGGCGCGUAUUGUUUUA